UAUCUAUGUUUGAUGACCCAGACUUUCAACAUUCAUACUCUCACUGCAUUUGCCUAAUAGUCACAUUGGUUAUAAGUUGGAAACCAGAAAUAUCAUCUGUUGAAUAUUGCAACACAUUGAAACAACUUAAUGAUGAUGAAAUUGAGGACCUUUUAUUGUUUGAAUAUCAAUACACGACGUUACACAGAACUUUAGUCUGGAAAAAUACGUCUGUAAAUUAUGAGAACAUUCAACUCAGUAUUGGAAAUGUAACGUGCAUAGAAGAAAUAUCCGAUGAUGAACUUUUAAGACAUCAACCCGAAGGCAUUGGUGGCUCAAAUUUCCUUUCAAAAUCUGGAUUUGAAGAAAAUUCCAAAAGUUGUCCUGAUGAUAAGAACGUAGUAGAUAAGUCAGAGGAAUGUGUAUACAAUAUUGACAGAUCUGGAUUGAUUACUGGGUGUAGAUCUGGGGCGCACCUUCAGAACUGUGGUAAUAUGACAUGUCCGAAAGGCAAGGUUCAAUGCCCAGACAGUUACUGUAUACCUCUUAUGUUUUUAUGUGAUGGUACUGCACAUUGUCCUAACGCAGAAGAUGAAAUUGAUUGUGGAUGUGACGACUCAGAAAGAGAGGUUCUUAUUGUAUUUGAAAAGGGCGAUGUAAGAGGACCAGAUCUUGAAAUGUUGGUCAAACAACUACACUCACCAAAAAGUAUAAUACGAAGUAUCAAAUAUUCAUCGUACGUCCUAUCUGAGGGAAUUACUUUUACACAUCGCAUGCUUAAUACAUUUGACAAAGAACUGAAACCUUUUGAAUUUAUUGACAGAAACUACGAGUGUGAAUACAAAAUUCUAGCCAACAACUUCUUGGCAUCAAUACCAUUUACACAUAAUUUUGAAAGGUCGAUCUUAUACAUUCAAAGUAGCCCAAUGUCUGAGAAGAUAGGUGAAUUAAUGUUUGGAAACAUAACUGAGAAUCCUAACAUCACCAUUUAUCGUAUAAUGGAAUUGUCGGAUGCUAUUGAUAAAAAUGAAUUCAAUUUUGUUAUUGAUGUGCGAGUCAGUCAUUGGAAAAUCUUUUCUUCAUUAGCAUCACGGUAUCUACCAGGACUAUGUAAAGAGAAGUUUUCGACAGCAUGUGAAGGUUAUUACAAAUGUUCAUCAAGCAAAAUGUGUCUAAAUCUAGAUCAAGUUUGUGAUGGGGUCCGGGAUUGUAUUUAUGGUGAUGACGAGUUUCUUUGUGAUUUCAUCUGCCCCAAGCAGUGUACAUGUGAAGGGUUUGCAGCAAGAUGCACAACUUUCAACGACACUGAAAUAACUUCAUAUCCAAAACAAACACGGUCGUUAGCCCUCCGCGAAAAUAGAGAAACGAAGAACAUAUUGAGUAAAGAUAUUCUACAUUUCCAGUUUUUGUAUAUAUUAAAUGUCAGCAAUUGCAAAAUUGCCCAAAUACAACCGAAUGCAUUCUCGAAACUAAUUAACUUACGAGUUCUUGACCUAAGCAACAAUUUGAUAACAACGUUAUUUCCGUCUGUAUUUAGUGGAUUACAACGUUUGACUAUGUUGAAACUUGAUGGAAAUAGUCACCUGGCUGCAUUAGAAUCAUACACAUUCCAGUUCCUAAAGUCUGUAAGACACCUGCGAAUAUCAUCAACUAAGAUUAAAACCAUUGCCUCAAAUACAUUUGCUGGCUUAAAUCUUGAUUUGCUUGAAAUUCAUGGCAACUAUUUUGAAAACAUUGAAGAGUUUGGGCUUGGAAAUCUCGCUGUGGAACAGAUUUCUUUCAAAAUUAAUAAAAUUGCUUCUUUUGACAAAGGAAUGUUUACAGGGGUCUCAUCACUAAAGAUUUUACAUACACCAGCCUAUAAAUAUUGCUGUGUCAGACCAAAUCAUGUACCGGAAGGUAAUUGCUUUCCUCAAAAGGAUGAGUUCUCCUCGUGUGAAGACUUGAUGAGAAUAUCAGUGUUACAGACGAUGCUUUGGUUGAUUGGUCUUUGUGCGUUGCUAGGAAACAUUUUGUCAUUUAUUUAUCGUCUGCAGUUCGACAGAGAGCGGUUGAAGCUAGGAUAUGGUAUUUUUGUUACUAACUUAGCAGUAGCUGACUUUCUAAUGGGUAUAUACUUAAUAAUGAUAGCUGUGGCGGAUGCUUUAUUCCGAAAUCGAUAUAUCUUUAUGGAUGACUAUUGGCGAAACAGCACGUGGUGUACUCUCGCUGGCGUUCUUUCUACCUUGUCGUCAGAAGCAAGCGUUGUAUUUCUCUGUUUAAUAACACUAGACAGACUUCUGGUCAUCAAAUAUCCGUUUGGACAAGUUCGAUUUACUACCAAAAAGGCUAUUGCGUUUUCCAUUGUCACAUGGCUCUUCUGUUUAUUUAUUUCCUUAUUCCCGCUCUUGUUUUCCACAUAUUUUAACCAUUCAUUUUAUAACAAGUCAGGUGUCUGUAUUGCUCUCCCCUUAACAAGAGAUAGACCUCCAGGUUGGCUCUAUUCCGUUUUGAUUUUUGUUGUUUUUAACUUUAUAACGUUUCUCCUCAUCACACUUGGACAAUGGUCAAUUUUUAAGGAUAUUCGAAACUCAAAACGAACUUUGAAAAAGACACAGUCUGGGAGAAAGAAGGAUCUUAUUGUAGCGAGAAAUUUAUUGUUGGUUGUAGCCACAGACUUUCUGUGUUGGUUCCCUAUUGGAUGUAUAGGACUAAUGGCCAUGUCUGGAAAAGUUAUAUCUGGAGACGUUUACGCUUGGACAGCUGUAUUUGUUUUGCCUGUAAAUUCGGCGUUAAACCCCGUUCUUUAUACAUUGACUGCAAUACUUGGUAAAAAGGUAUAA